AUGAUGGGGGACUGCUUGAUGGAGGGGGAUGAGUUGGAGAUGAAGGUGGAAGUGAGGCUGUGUCCCAACUGCAGUGGGGAGUUCCCUUCCAUUGAAACUGUUGUUCUGCAUCUUAAUUCCCAAUCUACCUGUUGGCCACACAAAGCACAUCUGCAACAAUUGCCUGUUCCCCCUGCAUUGCGAGGUUCACAUUCAUUAACAUCUGAUGCCACUGGCCAUUGUCACCCUCACUCUGAAUAUGUCUUUGGUGUCAGCAAGAACCUAUUUGACAGGUUGCAGGAAGAUCAAUAUAAUUAUUGGCGGGAGACUAAUGCUUAUUAUCCUUUCUAUAAUGAGGGAGAGUGGGAUCUAGCCAGGUUCUUGGUUGAAAACCUGAAUCAGACUCAGAUUGACAAGUUCUUGAAGUUGAAAUGGUUUAGCACUCGCCCAAAACCAUCUUUCACCUCAAAAAAAAAUCAACUUCUAGGCUGGAUGGACACACUACCAUGCUUUGCAGAGUGGAAAGUUUCAUGCCUAGAGUUUACAGGCUACAAGACAACUCAUCCCAUUCAACUCAUUUGGCAUGAUGCUUUAGAGGUCAUCAAACAACUUUUCAGUGACCCAGUUUUUGCCAAUCAUAUUACCUUUCAACCACAUAUAGCCAAUGUCAGGAAUCAGCACAAGUAUGGUGAUUAUAUGAGCACUGAUUUGGCAUGGAAAAUUCAGGACCAUCUCCCAUUAGGUGCUACACAAGUUCCAAUCAUCUUAGGAUCCAACAAAACUCCUGUGACAAGAACCACUAGAGGGCUCAAGAUGCACCCCAUCUUCAUCACUAUUGGUAAUUUUGAUUUGGACAUUCACUCCAAGGCCACACUUCGAGCUUGGCGCUGUAUUGCGUACAUGCCCAUUGCAAAGUAUCCCAAUUAUCAAUCCAUUUUUCAGGCAUGGCUGUGGCAUAAGUGCAUUGAUCUUGUCUGUGCCAACCUUAAACUGGCAGCCAAGAAUGGUUGCUUUAUGUCUAAUCCUUCCAAGUUCAUUCAUUACAUCUUUAUGCCACUCAUCACUCACGUAUGCGACCUGCCAGAGGCUUCCAUGAUCACUGCUAUCUCCAAAACAGUUGAUGUUUGGGAUCUCAACAAAUUCCAGAAGGCAGCCAAAGCUGUCCAUCUGUCUGGAGUCCAUAUGCCAUAUUGGCAUGAUUGGAUGUUUAUCUUGCAUACCUGCCUCAAUUUUUUUGCUGACCAUCUGCUCAAUUGGAUCAAGGAGGUAGUAGGAAAACCCGAGCUCAAUGCUCGCUUUGUUACUCAGCAUAAGUGGGUGGGAACAUGCCACUUCACCAAAGAUAUCCAACACACCAUUGUUGCUGCAAUUGCAGGUGCUGCUCCACCUAGAUUUAUUUGUGCCAUCUGUGCCCUCAUUGAGUUCUUUUAUCUUGCCCAAAACCCAGUUCAUUCUCCAGAAACCCUGCUGUCAAUGAUGCAAGCCCUUGCAGACUUUCAUGCAUUCAAAGAUGCUGUUGUCAAGGCCCAGGCUAGGAGGGGGAAGAAUGGUGCUAAGGAAGAUUUUUUCAUUCCCAAGCUUGAGCUCCUACAAAGUUUCAGAGGCAUAUCUGUACAGAUUCUCAACUGCCAGGAGUCGAUGAAACUGUUUAACUUGUAUGCGCUGUUUUGUUCUCUUGGCACAUCACUUGUCAAUGUGAUAUGCAUUGAAGAUGAGGCAGUGACAACCAUCAAUCUGGUGCUCUCUUGGGUUUCUUGUGUUCUCCCUGAUGAAAUAAAUUCUAUUCAUGGACCUCAACUGGUUCAUAACCAUUUCCUCAAGGGCAUUCUUUCUGAAGAUGUGCUCACUGCCUUUCAUCUGACAUCAACACCGGAUUUCAAAUCUUUGUCACCCACCAAUAUUCACACCAAAUAUUUGCUCACUGACUUUGAUGAUGCACUCUCUCAGUUCAUCAGACGUUCUUCUAUCUCCACUGGUGAGCAUACCCACUGGGACCAUAGAUACAGGGUGAUACGAGUGUAUCCACCAGAUGAUGAAUUCCCCCUCGGAAACUGUGACAAUGUCCUUGUCGACAUCACAGGCGACAAUGGCCAAAUCAGUAUGUCUAUUCUUCUGAAUCUUCCACAUGCCUCUGACCUGGUCUUACCAUCAUUUCUAUCCUGUCCACUCCUCUACAUCCAGUACUACCAUUUCAUUGCCAGUCCUAAUGACUGCCCUGAACUUGCAAUGUGGACAGUAGAACAUUCAUACAUGGAAGACCAACAUGGCAAACACAGGUGUGGUGGCAUGGUCCCAUUAAUGAGUGUAACACACACUGUCAAGUUGAUCCCAGAAUAUGGUGAAAAGGUAGACAAAAAGAUCACUUCAGCCAUUUGUUUGGAGAGCUAUGACCAAUUUUGCGGAUAA